UCAAACAGGUUAAGGCGGGCUUUUUAAAAGCAGCAAUUAAAAAAAUUUGAUAUGAGGUUAUCACUUAAAAUUAUCGUUCCUAAAGACUGGACUACGAUUCAAAAAUUAUGUUCACUUGUAGCACAUGCAACAUGGCAUUUUGUUACAUGUGUUGUGGUUUAACCAGUGUAACGCAAGAAUGUGAUAAUUAUAAUGUUAGUUGUUUCUCUCUGGUUUACAUGAGAAAUAUUGCUAUGCCCCAUUAUAAUUUUUUCUUAAUUACUUAAUGUCUAUCUAUCUGGAAUAAAGUAGAAUUAUGACAGUGCAAAAAUUUUUGAUGUGUAACAGUUUAGCUGUUCAUCUUUUUUCUCUUUCAAACCUCCCAAUUUUGCUCAUCGUUGUACAGGCAUGAGUGAUAUUUUAUCCCUCCUCUAUUGGUCCACAAUUCAGUGAAUUGCUAAAUGAAUAAAUUUACUUGUAAACAUAGUAACUUGGAGGGUGCUAAUUGCUAACUCUAUUUAUUGAAUCAUCAACCAUUGUACAAAAGAAUCUAGGGUACCCAGACAUUUGAAUAUUAUUUUCUUCAAACACAGAUAGGUGUUUCUUCCAAGAUACAGUUUGGUUUCGACCAUGCUGAUUGAAGACAAAGUACUUUGGUCGGUGUCAAAGUAAUUGGAGGAAAUGCAGGGAAAUGGAGGGAAAAAAAUAGAUAUGUGUGUGUGUGUAAACUUUAAUUUAUUCAAAAUAUUUUUAGCUCUUUGUUACAGUCAUGUUUUUUUUUUCUGUUUUAUGCCUUCCGAACACACCUGGCAGUGUAUGCCAAAAAUUACUUUUUCUAUGAUUUCCCCCCCCCCCCUUUACCCUUAUCACUUUACACGAACCCCGCUACCUCUAUUUGAAUUUAAGUGACUUAAGUAUUGUUUGGAAUCUCAGGGUAGGUUCGGCUUUGUGGCUAGAGGCAGUGGUUCAACACAGUAGGGCCCCCCGAGCUGUUUCGGCCACUCGGGACGCCUGAAAAGAACAAGAAAAUACCGGCUAAUUUCUUAUUAAUUUAUUUCAGCACAGCCCUAUACAUAGUGCUGCCCGUCCUGGCCGUAACGGUUGUCCCGAAACGAGUCGUCACACGCGCAGCCACUCACUCAGUGGCGGCUCACGAUUUUACUACCCGGUAAGGUACGAUGCGAUGAUUACAAAACAAACCCUAACAUAACACACUAGAAUCCUGAGCAAGAUUACUCUUCACAAUUAUAAUUACGUAGUACACGGGGCUAAGAGCGUGUAGGCCCUUAACUCCGGCGACGCUACAUGAAUCUUAGGACUGUCCCAGAAAUUGACGUGUUAGUAAGAUUGUUUGUUAUGUGUUGCCUACUGGCUGCCCCGUGCGGGUGGCAACUAAUUAGCCGAUUGGCUAGGAUAUAUCGUUUGAAGCGCCGACAUACCAUCUCGCAGUUCGUACAAAGUACUUACAUAUCACAUUGAACGCUCGUCUUUUGGAGCAUUGAAUAAUUAGGUUACAUACCACUCGAUAAGGCGAGGCCGACCACGGGACUGGAAGAAAAUGUUUACGGAAUUAUACAACUAUUGAAAACUACAUAUCAGUGAAAAUAAAUGCUGGUCCCGUGUCGCGCGGAGGAUGCCGGUCUCUCUGAGUUCCCGAAAGAUACUGCCGCUAGAGGUGGGUCGCAGAGUAUCAACCUGCUAUUUGUGACUGAUACACGCCUGUAUCAGGUACUGCAAACGAGUACACUAUUCAAGUAUCAGGUACUUUAGUAUCAGUUUAGAAUUCGCCUGGAACAACACCGGGCCAAUGUGCGCAGAACCCGAUCGCAGAUAACGGUCACUUGGGCGGAGCUUGUGAAAGGGGAGGGAGCAGCAUGACGAAUAAGGGAUAAAGAAGGGAUAGAAUGUAGGGGAGGAAGCGCAGGGGAAGGCGUUGAAGGAGAGGCGCAGAGCGAAAUUGUUACGAGUCGUUUUGUUCAUUGUCCCACAUCAAAGUACGCUCAGUGCGCAGUACGUGCUUCUUGCGAAGACUGAAGACUCUAGUUAGUAUGCUAAUAGCGAUACAAGACCAAGGACACUGGUUCUAGAUCCAUCAUCCUUAGGUGAUAGAUAUGUGGAUCUACGAUCUAGGGAGCUAAGCUAAAACACCAUCCUGUUUAAUAAUAAAACUAAUGAAAUUUUAAUAUUAAAAAGUACAUUAAUGAAAUAUAUAAUAUUUAUAUUUGUGCACCUAACAGCUAAAGCAUGACAGCCCGCAACAAUGUACAUGGUAAUACACGGCCAGGACGAACUGCAGUGAAUGUUGAACUGAUUGAUACUGGCUGUAUCAGGCGGGCAUGAGCGUAACAGAGGUAGUAGAGAAUUACCGGGCGUGAUAAAUAAUGUAUCAGAUUCUCCUUACGGUCGCACGGUCUGCGUACGCGGAGCCUUUUUUUUUUUUUUUCUGUUGGAGAGAAGUAAGUACAGGGAGGGGAGGUUGGAAGAGAGUGAGAAAUACUCCUUUAACGUCGGAAAGGGGGAAUGAAGUAUGACGAGGAGAAGGGAGGGGCUGCAGAUUACGAAAGGUGUGGAAAGAGAACACAGAUACCUUUUUACGCUGGUGAUAACGGCACGGAGGAUGUGUAACAUGUAACGAGAAUGCUGAUAGCUUGUUGCUUCCUGGGACCGCUACCAUAUUUGCCGCUACUUAGGGAUGGGUAGUUCGCGAACUACCAGUUCAUUUGGAACUGUUCUGACGAGCGAACUAGGUGACUAGUUCGCUGUUACCAAAAACAAUCGUUCUUUCGUUCUUUGCGUGUUUCUCUUCUACUCUGUUUGGUUCUUACUGCGCAUGCGCGAAAUAUCCCUAGGUGACUAGUUCGCUGUUACCAAAAACAAUCGUUCUUUCGUUCUUUGCGUGUUUCUCUUCUCCUACUCUGUUUGGUCCUUACUGCGCAUGCGCGAAAGAUAAACCCCCCCCCCCCCCCUUGCCAACCACUGUCACCCAAUAUGCCACGUCUUUCUUGCUUUCUUCCCUCUCUUACGUUUGUUCUUUAUUUUGUCUCAUCUCCCCCCUUACCAUUAUUUCCCCAUCGCUUCGUCAGUUCCAAGCAGAGACGUUCCAAGUACUCAUCUGAACUACGAAGACCAAAGAGAAAGGGAGUACAUAUACACACUGAACUAGCUAGUUCAAAGACAUAGAUAGUUCACGCUGUCGGUCAUUAUUUUCGUUUCGUUCUUUCUUGCGCAAUGAUGUAUCGUUUUACGAUCGUGAACUCUAAAUUUUUAUCUUAUAUUCUUUAGACAUUUACAUUACAUAUUGGCAUUAAAAAACGUGUCACGUAAAUAAGUGUAAUUACGUUAAAUUUCAGAUAGCCUAUACAAUCUGAAAUUAAACUUUAAUAACACACAGACCACACAUUACAAAAGUACACUAAAAUUUAAAGAAACAUAAUAAAACUUACCUAAUACGAAAAAAAUCAGCUUAGGUUGUCACAGAUGAGAAAACACUAUACCAUUAUUUUGUUUUGUACACAAGUGAAAAUAAGCACUUUACUCGCAGAAAAUAAAUUAAUACACAUUCAAAAAUGUAAGAAGUGUGUGAAAGAAAAACAAUAUGAUAGUUGCUCAUUUUUAAUGGGAGAUAUUGUUUACAAGCAUCGGAUUACUGUGUGCCUCUUUUAUUUAUAGAAAAAGAAAUGCCCAUAAAACAAAAAGUCUGUAACGAUUGUGUUGGUGUCAUGUAUGGAAUAUUUUGUUUAAACAUUGGAAACCGCGAUACAGUCCGCGACCGAUGUAGUUCAAUAGAACGGUUCCUAAAGAACUAGUCUUUGAAGUGACUAGUUCCGAACAAACUAGUUCUUUCCAAAGAACUAUAUUUCCCAUCCCUACCGCUACUGCUCUAGCUGAUACAGAAGUAUCAGCUACUUGUUACUAGUACAUUACAGUAUCAGUAACAGGUUGGAACAGAUACCGAAAAUUGCUGUAACAACCCAAGGUUAGUAUAGAGAGGUUGCCUCGAUCGCUUGCGCAUCGUUCUGCGCAUCGCGUCGCUUGCAGCCCCGGCUCGGCUUGCCAGCCCGUCUGCUCCUAUCAGUUACUUAGUUUACAACAGUGUUGCCAAUCUGCGGGUAAUUACCCGAAUUUCGGGUAUUUUCAACUAGUGCGGGGAAAAUUGCGAGUAUUCUCUGGUUUCGGGUAAAAUGAGGGUAUUUUUGUACAAUGAGAAAUAACACUUUUGAUGAAGGGUAAAGUUUUUGCUGUAACCAUUGGAAAUAUGUGUUCCAGAUAAUAUUGUUCAACAUUAUAUAACCUAGAAUAUUUAUCAGUAUAUUUUAGCCCAGGAGGAAAUCAUUUAUGUAAUUAUAUCUAUGAUUGAACUUUUAACCUAAAAUUAUGCCUCAGUAAAUUAUCCUGAUAUCUGUGACUAUUAUUUAGACAUUGUUGUGGUGGUGUAUGGCUAUUGUUUUGCUGUGCGGGAAUUUGUUAUGAACUGUUAGGUUGCAUUCUAAACAUCAAUAUGCAUAUUGUCUGAACUAUAAAGUUUGAUUAUAAAUAACAAUAUGGAAAAGUGGCUAGGGCUACGUCAAAAUAGCGACCAAGAACCAAGUUGCAGGUGAGAAAUAUCUUGUUGCUGUUGUGCAUGAAAAACUGAAGUGUAAUGUGUAGUAAUGAAUGAUAAAGUAGAGUAAAUAUCAAUAAGGACAGUGAAUAUUUAAUAAAUUUUCAUUUUGAACGUAUAUUAGCCUGCAGUUAUAAGAACAUGUUUCACUCAAUAAAUUUUUACUUUAAAUCACAUCCAAUUUUUAUUAAGUUAAUUCUCUUUAAUAUCACGAUGUCAUCAAGUGAUUGGAAUUGUGUCUCAACUCACUAUAGCAAACGAAAUGGGACAACCACUUUCAGCUAUUCACUCGGCAUAACUCUUUCUGCUUUUAAUAAUAAUCUUUGUUUUCAUUUAAUAUCAUUUUUAAAGAGCUUUAGCAUGUAGUAUGUACCAAUAGAUCGAAUUCAAUGAAAAUUUGUCACAUGAUUAUUACCUUAAUGUUUUUUUGUUGAAUUAUUUUGUUAAAAAUCGUGUUACUUUGAGUUUAUUUUUUGCAGCUCUCAGUCGGCAGAAAUAAGACUCCAUGAAUGCAAUCCAGACGCAAGUUUAGAUAUUAUAGCAGAAUCUGAAGAAAAACAAAGUCAUUGUGUUCUUAAAAACCCGAGAAAAAAGUUAAAAAUAAGUGGGAAAAUAAAAAGGACUAAUAAGUUUUGUGAUUCCUGGUUGCAAAUACCAGAACUCAAGUCCUGGUUACAAAAAUCCAACAAAACUAGCUUAGGCAAUGAGUUAGCGUACUGUACAGUAUGUAGAGUUGACAUAACUGCACACAAGAAUGAUAUCACUCGUCACAGUAAUUCGUCAAAACACCAGUUAAACUGGCAACAAGUAAGCACUUCACACAAACUGACGAGUUUAAAAUUUAUAACUUCAGACGAAGUUAAAAGAGCCGAAAUUAAAUUAGCUGGUUUGAUAGCUUCUAACAACCUACCAUUCUCAUUGGUUGAUACAUUAGUACCAUUAUGUGCAGAUAUUUUCCCUGACUCAAAGAUUGCAAAAAAUGUUACUUUGGGACGAACCAAAGCCACAGCAGUUGUGAAAGACGUUCUAGGUCCAGCUUUCCAAUCAAAAUUGCAUAAGCAUUUAGCUGAAGCUGGGACAUUUUUGUCAAUAAUUAUGGAUGAAACCACUGACAUGAGUUCUGUGAAACAGUGCGCAUUUGCUGUAGUGUACUAUAAUAAUGAAACUCACAGUGUUGUAACAAGUUUCCUGGACAUGGUGAGUGUGACUUCUAGUGCAGCAACUGAUUUGUUUGAGUGCCUAAAAAAUUGCUUACAUCUGAAAAACAUUCCACUGUCAAAUAUUGUCGGCUUUUCUGCUGAUACAACAAAUGUGAUGGUUGGUGAACAUCAUUCUGUAUUUUCUUUGCUGAAAGAAAAUGUGCCAGGCAUUGUUUGCAUAAAAUGUUCAUGCCACAUGAUUCAUCUGGCUGCUUCAAAAGCUUGCUUAGUACUUCCUCGUUCAGUUGAAGAUUUGCUGAGAAAUCUUGGUGCUCAUUUUAGUAGGAGUUACAUAAGAAGAGAAAAACUGAGAGAAUUUCAAAUUUUUUUCCAAACAGAAAUUCAUAACAUUCUUUCUCCAGCUGUCACACGUUGGUUGUCACUGAAGGCUUGCAUUGACAGGGUUUUAGAGCAGUACUUAGCACUUGAAUCAUAUCUUAGAGAGUCUGUCUUUGAAGAUCCUUCAAGAACAACAGAAGAUAUGCUGAAGACCAUGGAAAACAAGUAUACUAAAAUGUAUAUGGAGUUUAUGUCAUAUGUUCUUGGUCUUUUGACAAAUUUCAACACGCUCUUUCAAGGUGAAAUGCCAUUGCUCCAUCGACUCAAACCAGAAGUUGAAAGACUUCUGAAGACCCUAUGCUGUAAUUUUAUGAGUCCAUCAUAUGUUAAAGGCAUGGAUGUAUUGACAAUUGAACAUAAAAAUCCAUCAAACUAUGUUGCUUUAAAUAAAGUAUAUCUUGGAAUCCUUGCACAAAGUAGUUUGGACAAACUUACAGAAGAUAAGAAUGUUCGUGAAAAUGAUUUACAGUUUUUUCUAAAAUCAUGCCUCCAGUUUUAUGUCGAGCUUGUAUCACAGAUCAAAAGUAGGUUUGAUUUUAGUGACAAAGUGUUUGAUGUUGUCAACAUAGUUGAGCCUUGUGUUGCCCAGUCUUUAGAGAUUCCAUCAAUUAUGCCAGUUCUGAAGCGUUUUCCUAUAUUAAAUGACCAUGUAAGUGCUCAAGCUGUAGACCAUGAAUGGCGGCAACAUGCGAUGUUAGACCAUGCAAAACUUGGUCUUGAUAGUUCAAAACCAGCAGAGGAGUAUUGGAAGGAUGUUUUCAAUCUCAAGAAUGCAGCUGGAGCGAAACUCUUCGAAAAUCUGGAAAAGGUAUUGGGACUUCUCUUGGUUCUUCCAUUCUCCAAUGCAUGCGUGGAAAGACUUUUCAGCACACUUAGAAACAUCAAGACAUAUCACAGAAACAAACUAUCAAAUGAUACUUUGGUAGCUUUGAUUAGUUCAAAGGAAGGUAUUGAAGCCGAGGGAGGCUGUGUUUCAUUCAAUCCCAGCAAGACAAUGGUGAACACAAAACUGUGGAACUGAAACUACAGAACAUAUGGUGUUUUUAUAGUAAAUUUAUACGAUUUAAAUUACAGUGUAAUUUUAUAAGGCAAUUGGCCAUAAUAGAAGUUGUUUUAUGUAGUGCUUAUUAUGUUCCAAUUAUAUUUGUAUUUAUUUAAUAAUUUAAAUGUGUACAUACCUACAUAAAAAAAUAUUUUUAAUGCUUUGUAGACAGCCAUUUAUUAUACGAUAAAUACCUACUUUCAAAAUGGUUAAAAAGCUCACAGCAUGAAAUUCUUGUUUUGAUAAAACUGUAUAAACGAUAAGUUUUACGUUCCAGCUAGAUGUUAAACAGGUAUUGAUGUUCUCGUUCAAGCUCUUGUGGGUGUCCGCCCUUAGUUACAAUUUUUUUUAGGAGUGCGGGUAAAAGCGGGUAUUUUUGCUUUCACAUGAGGGUAAAAAUGAACACCUGCAUUGGCAACACUGGUUUACAAGCACAUAUGCUCGUGAUAACGUGUCAAACUACAGCGUAAUGCAGGGAGAGUUAUUGUUGUGAGGAGUUUAAUUGAGAGUGCGUGUGUUAUAACAUGUUAGUGUUGCUUAUAUCAAAUACUGUAGAGGGAGAACAGGACAGCUCUAUACUAAUAGCACAGCCGCGCGGGCGAAGAGCGUCAGUGCUGCUACCUAGCGGCUCGGCGUGAUAACAGCACCCACGGCCAUGCAUUCCAAGCCUAAAAUGUAUUAAAUUCAACUCGUCAUUGCACUUAGACUAAUCAACAGAUUCUUUUGAAAAAAAUUGGGUUGACCGUCGUAUUCUUUGCGGCCAUGCAGAUGUAAAUUUAUUUGCUGAAAAGUUAGUUGCUUUCGAUGUAAAAAAUAGUUAACAAUGAACAGCAUAUUUUCAAGGAAAAUUGAAGUAAAAAUUUUCAAAGCAUUCUAUUGCUAAUCAUCGUUCAUUUAGGGAAUUAUCUAAUGAAUUAAUUAAAUUAUCCAAAUUUUUUAGCCACUUAAUACUAUUGAUUUGCUAUCGUUCAACAGCCUAUUGGUUAAAAGUUUUUUUUUAUGAAUAUUUGCAAUAUAAUGAGUACAGUUGUUCAUAUAGUGUAUAAUACGUAUAUAAUAAUUAUAUGUACAGUUAACAGAGAUUUGAGCACGAUAUUAUGAAAUUAAAUAACAUGGACAUUUAAAUAAUAUUGAAAAUUAAAGGGAGAUGAAAUAAUACAUAAUUUCAGUAUGACAUAAAUAUGUAGAAGUACAUAUCGUUUGACACAAUGUAAAUAAACAAUAUAAUCCUUAAAUUAGAACUUACAAUUGCACCAUCUUAAGCUACCAUAAAUAUUAAAUAUGUAUUAAUACCUCGUUACUUUAAAAUAAUAAUAUUUAAAUAAAUGCAUUAUUACAAUGGUACCAGAGCUAGAACAAGUUUUACAAGAUUCACUUACAUUGUAAAUGAAAAAGGCAAAUAAUAUACAAGAGACGAAUAUGCUUGUAAAAUUGUAUCCAGCUGUACCUAAAUAGGUAGCAAAAAGUUUAUUUUCCCCGAUCAUACCUUAUAACCACUGCUAUGCUAGAUAUUCCAUACAAUUUACAUGUGCAUGACUUUUUUGCUUUUAUGUUUUCUUUACUCCGGGUUUCCCACAUUCAUCGUAAAACAAAUAUUUUAAUGUCAUAAUCAAUUGUUUUAUAAAAGGUGUAAACGAUACUUUUGCGAGGAAAUACAUUAUCUGAAAAGGAAUUGUGUGAAAAUAAGAAGAAAAAACAAAGCAUAAAAUCACUAUAAUAUCAACAAACCAUGAAAUAAGGCAUAUUUAGUUAACAAUGAAAGCGGGAAGUGUGAAAUAAUACAACUCACGACAGUAUGUUUUUCUAAAAGAAAUAUUUUGACUUAAGGAAAAUUUUUACGUUCUAUAAGGCAAAUUAAUUUUUAAAAAAAAUAUUUAAUAAUAUUUCCUUUCAAUUCUGACGGUUACUCUUUGUACUUCAGCGAGUUUAGUUUCAGAGGUUUUCGUAUGGCGCGGCCGUGGUCGCGGCAGCUAGGGGCAGUCAGCACGCCGAGCCGCGAGAGCGUAGCACCGUCGGUUUCUCGCGAAAACGAGCGAGCUGUCCUGUAUUCUCCCGCGAAUUUAAAGUGAAUUUGUUUUGUUAGGAUAAACGCUGUUAAAAAGUUGUAUUUAAACAUUACAAUGCCAGGUAGCCUACGCGGUGUACAGUGGCUGUGUGUACAAAUAGCUUGGUAAAAACAAAAUCUUUACCUGAAACAAAUCAUAUAAAAUAUCAUCGAUUCCCACGUGAUGAUCAUCUGUUGAAAGUGUGAGUUCAGAAAUGCUGACGUGAUGGUGAGUGGAAUCAAAAAACCACUUGCAUAUGUUCAGAGCACUUUACAGAUGAUGAUUACGAGCCCGACUUGAAAGCUGAGUUGUUAAAUACAUGCGCUAAAAGACGUCUUAAACCAAAUGCUGUACCUUCAUUAAAACUUGGAAUUGCAACACCUGUAUAAACAUUAUAAAGUCGUGUGCGCCGAGAAGCCCGAGUUAAAUGCAGGGGGGAAAAAAAAUGUUAUGUAAAUUAAUCGUAGAUUCAAAUGAAAAUGUAAGUGAGGAAGAAACAUGUUCUUGUAGUCAGUUAAAGCAUUCAAAGUCAUGUUCUAACAAUGACUCGGUUGAAAUGCUUAGGAAGGAAAUCCAAAUUCUUAAAGAAAAUUUGUUUCUUGCCAAAAGAAAGUCAGUUUUGAAUUUGGAAGUCAUGAAAAAAUUAAAAAAAAAAAAAAAAAGGAAAUCUUAAAAACAAACAAAAAAAAGUUCUUCUUUAGAGUUCCGUACGCGGAAUAUUCUUUCAUAGUGUUUUUUUUUUUUUUUUUUCCCAAAAAAUCAAAUUGACUUAUUACUUUCAUUGAAAUGAUGAAAUAGCUCUCGCUUUCACUUUGCGUUAUUUCAGUAAGCGAUGUUAUUUAUUUUUAAAACAGAAACUUAACUUCCCAUUGCCUGGACUUUCAACUCUUCAUCGAUGGGCAUCUUCAUUUGACAUGAGAAAAGGUAUCCUAGUAAACAUGUUUGAAUUUUUGAAUGUAGCACGUUCUUCGUUGCUAGACUUCGGACGCAUUGUUCUUUGACGAAGUAAAAGCGAAGAAAACACUCGAGUAUGAUGCAAAAGAGGAUGAAACGAUUGCCCGAAAAACUGCUCUAUUAAUGUUAGAAAUUUAUUUUUAAAUCUAACUUCAGUUUAUUUAUAUUGCAAACAUUCCCAAAACGUUUUAAUGAGCUAUGGCUACUUUCAUUUGUCGCGGCCUCGUCUCUGGUGAAGCUGUGGAGACGGAGUGGACGUCGCUCGGUCGUUCAGUUGUGUUGUUUGCCCGGCGCCAGCUCUUGGGUAGAGCAGCCUCACACUCUGAGGCGGGAGUGGACCGUUCGGCCCAGUGCAGCUGACCGAGGACGUGCUGACAAGGAGUAGCUAGCAGGAAGAUUGGGUGUAGAAGAGAGGAUGCCCGCGGUCUCACGAAGAGUCGCUAGCGGAUGGGUGGGCAGAGAGAGAGAAGGAAGCCCGCGGUCUCACGAUGAGUCGCUAACAGAGGAUUGCCCGCGGUCUCACGAUGAGUCGCUAACAGAGGAUUGCCCGCGGUCUCACGAAGAGUCGCUAGCGGAUGGGUGGGCAGAGAGAGAGAAGGAAGCCCGCGGUCUCACGAUGAGUCGCUAGCUGAGGAAAGGAAGAUGAGGAAUUCAAGCCAAUGAUACCACUUUUGCCUGAGAUCUACAAAGGAUUUUUUUCCAAUAUAAACAGGGGAAAUUAAGCAACAUCCCUGAGAUUGAUUUCUUCGGGGCACCAUUUACGUUUGAAAAAUGGAUGCACCUAGAAUGUGCCCAAGGCCCAAAAUAUAAACAGUCUGAACAAACAGUUGAUGAACUGCCUGAUCACCCACAUGGCAGAAAAAAGAAAUUCCUAAUUGGAAACACCAAAAAAAUUGGCUGUCAAGCAGUCAUGUCGGUCAGGUGUGUCCGUGUGUACCCUGAAUUUCCUGCAGAAGACACGGAGAGGAAGAAACGUGCUAUGGUGAAAAAACUGAGGGAAGUGAUUCAGAAAGAAUCUCCUGUUAACACCUACCUACGCUACUACAUAAAAGUAUGUUGUGCAGAGAGCCAUAGUCAUUCGAUGACUUCAUCACACCUCAGCCAACAAAUCAAUAAAGAUCUGGCAAUAGAAAUCAAAAGACUUGUAAAUGAAGGAAUUACAAGUACAAGAGAAGUAAAAUUAUUAUUACAAGAGUAUGUAAAAAGUAAAUUUGCUGACAACAAAAUGCCUUGUAGGCUAAGUAAAGCUUUCUUUCCAGAAGAUUCUGUUAUUUACACACAUGUACAUAGGGCACUAUUUUCAAAUAAAAAAGAACAAAUGGACCAAGAAGUGUUGCAGCAAACCAUCAACGAAUGGAAAAUUCAAAAUAGCGAUGACCUUUUUUUUUACCGGCCGUAUGAAGAUGUUGGUGAUGUGAAAUCUUUAUUGUUUUGUUACCAAUCAAAAUGGCAACAGAAGUUGCUAUUGCGGUAUGGUAGUGUGUGUCUGUUGGACGCCACAUACAAAACGACGAAAUAUGCUUUGCCACUUUUUUUUUUAGCAGUCAAGACCAAUGUCGGCUACAGUGUUGUUGGUACGUUUAUAGUGCAAUCCGAAAGCACAGAAUCGAUUGCAGAAGCUUUAAAAGUAUUCCAGGAAUGGCUUCCUGAAUGGCAACCACAAUUCUGGAUGACAGACUUCAGUGAGGCAGAAAUAGGUGCGAUAGACAAAAUCUUUCCUGAAAGCACUGUGUACUUAUGCUCAUUUCACAGGGAGCAAGCCUGGUUAAGGUGGGUGAGGAAGAGCGGUAAUGUCACUAAUGGUGAUGCAGAAGAGAUUUUAAGUAUGUGGCGUGCCAUUGCAGCUUCAAGAGAUGAGGUUGAGUUUCAUGUUAAUGUAGAAAAAAUGAACACAAGCAACAUCAUGCAACGGAACCCCAAAGCGUCCCAUUAUUUUGCUACUCGGUGGCUAUCUCAUGAGUGUAGGUGGGUACAAGCCUACAGUGAAAAAGAUCUUGUCACAAUUAUUCACACCAAUAAUGGAAUUGAAAGUCAAAAUAAAGUGUUGAAGCAUUCAUAUCUGUGUCACAGUUCUGAUAAAUCUCUGACUGGAAUGCUCAAGAUAGUAAUCAACAACUAUUUACCAGACGUGUACAGAAAAUAUUGCUCCAAGAAUUCUACUGUCAAGUUGUUUAAUUCUGAGAUUCCAUCAUAUUUAAUCAAUCGACCACAGCAUUUUAUAAAACACGUUCUCACUAGAAUAAGUGCUGCCCGAUUUGACUUCAGCAAGGACUCCAUUACAGAAAUUUCAGAAGGGAUUUUUGGAGUCCAAAGUUCUACGGAUAGAGAGAAAUUUUACUGUGUUAAUUUUGAUAAUGCUACAUGCACUUGCAUGGACUUCAUUACUUUCAGAUUUCCUUGCAAACACAUGUGUGCAAUAUUUUAAUUUGUGCCCAAUUGGAGUUUCCUUCAGCUGAACUCCGCAUAUACUAACAGUCCAUACAUAACGCUUGAUUUGGAUAAUGCCUUUUGUUCUGUUACAGGAUUCAUAACUACAAACUCAGAAAAUGAUUGGGCAGCAAAUCAAACCUAUGACCCAAAAGAUAAUAUUUCAAAACAUCAGCCAUUAACGUCGCCUACGUUGACAUUACAGAGGAAGGUUCGAAAUGCAGCGAAGAUGCUAACAGAUUUUUCUUAUAUCUGUACAGACAACAAUGCAUUAGCUCAAACUGAAAAAGUUCUCCUGGAAGAACUAAACAAUUUGAAGAAAACUACAAAAGGGUCCUCUGGACUACACUACCUGAACCAAAAUGAUUCAGAAGAAACUCAGAUAAUUGCAAAAAAAAUAAAGCAAAAAUAUAAAAUGCUGCCCUUGCGCAGGAAGCGUAAGCAGCAUAGCAAAAGCAAACUUUGAACUGAGCAGAAGCAAGGAAGUAGUCGCAACUGAAAAGUUCUGCCCUCGAAACAAUGUGUAUUAUUUUAUUUCUCUAUGCAAAUGAAUAUAGUGGUCAUAAUAUAGGAAAUAUUUUCCUAUAAACUAUGAGUACAAACUAGAGAAUUUAAUUCCUAAAAUGACUGCUUUAAAAGAUCUUGGAAUUAUUCUUGAUACCAAAUUAUUUUUUCAUCAACAUGUAGAUUUUUUAAUUUCUAGUUCUCGAAGAACACUUGCCCUAAUUAAAUAUAUUACCUACCAUGCCUCUAAUUCAGAUUCCAUUAUUUCUCUUUUCUUAGCACUUAUUAGGUCAAAACUAGAAUAUUGUUCAGUAAUAUGGAACAACAUUAAUUCAUUUGAUAUUGAUAAAAUUGAAAAUAUUCAAAACAAAUGUAUUAAACUUAUUACUCAUAAAUCAUUUCCCCCUCCUAAAUUAACAUCACUUUUUGAUCGGCGUGCCCUCCUUGACCAUCUUUUUAUUUCCAAUUGUUAUUCAUCUAAAAUCAAUUGCAAAUACGUACAUCUUAGAUAACACUGUGUUAAGAGUCCCCCAGUAUCAUAGUCGACUUAAAUCUACUUUCUGUACAAUCGCGAGAAAAAAUGAUAUUAUCUUUAGAUUAAUAAGCAAUUAUAAUAGUUUAGAACCAAUAGUAACAAGCUUAGUCAAUUAGUAAAUUAUUUUAGUAGCACUUGCUGUUAAUUAAAUUAACUGUGUAUUCUUAAUCCACUAAUUUUCUGUAUUUUUGAAUCUAUUAAUAUUUUUUGUUUGUUAUUAUAUUUUUUUUGUUUGCUUUGUUUUGUGUCCUUUGUCUGUGGUGUUUCUUGUGUAUAGUCUUCUUGUUUUUUUGUAUCGUGCAUACCCCUGUAAUCUCUCCUAAGAGUGUUGGUGUGCAUGUCACAAUUUGUAAAUAAAUAAAAUAAAAGUGUUAGAAUUACAUUAUUUUCUCUACGUAUAAAUAGCAUGAUAGUGUUUUACCUUGAUGUUUAAUUUGUAUUGUGGCACAAAAUUUAUAAUCAGAUAUGCAUUUUUGCAGCUUCAACAUUGUUUAAAUGCACGAAUCUUAUUCUAGGGCAAUUUUAGAGUGAAAAAUAAUAAUUUUUAAGUGAGGAAAGACCACAUGAAAAGUAUAAUUGAACAGUGUACAUUUUGUUACGUUUAAUGACAGAUCCAUGUAGGUUAUUCAGGAAAUAUUUUGUUUGUUAUUGAGUAUACUUAUUGCAUUUUAUUGUAUUUUUUGUAUGUAGGUAUUUAUUGUAUGUAUAGUAUUGAGUAUGCAAUAUCAUUGGUCAAUAAUGUUAUUUUGCACAAUUUUAAUUGAAUUUGCUCAUUUUAAUAUUUUCAAUGAAAUUGGUGAACCAUCAAUAAUUUUGGGAGAGCAACAUGUUUGAUAAAACAUUUGGCUGCAGGUGGAUUCAAGAGGAAGAAUCCCCCCCCUCUCCCCUCCAUCACAGUUAAACCUUGCAGAAAAAAUGUAAUACUGAUUAUUCAUAUGAAAAACAUUUACGUAUUUGUAAAAGGACAUACUUAAAAUAUAUUUUGUAUUGUUAAUGAUAAUUUUAUAAAUUUUCGUAAGUAUUUUAUGACUAUGAAGUUGGCAAGUCUAUCUGGUAUUUUCUCUGUAUAUCUUUAAUUGAAAAUUCAUGCUUUUCCAAGAAAUUGCUCAAUAUGAAGUUGGAAAUACAGCUUGUUAUCAUCAAUAUAAUUAUUAUUAUAAAAUAUAUUGUAUGCCAGGGCAUGGUAUCCCCCCCCCCCCAACCCCUGCUUCAGUUUUAUUUGAGGAAGAACUGAUGGACUAUUACCAGAUUAUAUUUACAGGAAUCCUGUAUUUUUUAAAGAGAACAGGAGUAGCCAAGACAAGAAUGGGUGCAUAGGCAUUGUGCUUGUAUUUUUUUGUAUGUUACAUUACCAUUUUGUCACAUGAAGUACACCCUAGAUAUGAUUGAUAAAAUUGCUGCUAGAAGUGAUUAACUAUCAAAAUUAUCCUUGUACAACAGAAAUGAAAUCUUUAAUAGAGAUUAAAUGUAGAUAUUAGAAAUUUAAUGCAAAUUACAGUAUCCAGUGGUCCUUAAGUUCCUUGCACUGAGCAAACAAAUGGUACAAAACAUUUAUACAAUAUUAGUAUACAAAACGGAGUUCAAUUAGUAUAUUGUCGUGUGAUACAGAAAUGAAUUUCACCGAAGAAUUGCAGAAAAUCUCUAUACAACAAGUUUUACUUCAUCACCUUCAAUCAAUCUCAAGAGAUACAAAACUAUUUGUAAUACAGCAAAAUACCUCUAGGAAAAAAAAACUUACGUUCAUUACUUAAAUUUUACAGAUAAGUCCCUAUUGUACAGCAUUACCUCUGGAACACGUAUCCAUCCCAAGCAUUGUGCCUAUCUCAAACUUGUAGCCCUAACGUUUCAUUUGAGAACUAAUUACUUUAACUUUUUAAGUUCAAAGUAAGACAGUCAAACAUUUUUAGUAUAAAGGUGAGGUACAAAAUACUAAUUCAAUUUUGAUUUUUAUAUAUAAAAUCUAAAUGUGUGAUAGGAAAUUCAUCAAUUGUUGUGCACAUGCACAAAGCAUAGUUUGCUGCCAAGUCAAAAACUAAAUGACAAUAAAAUAUCAGUAUUUAUUCCUUACUUGAAUGUUUUAAAUCUUUAUUAAGGAAUUUUUAAGGAUAUUUAACACACCUGCCCAAAAACAACUCUAUUCAUGUACUUCUUUUGUGUGUUGAUUUAGUUUAUGUCAACUGUGGUUGAAUGUAUCUUGAAAGUGACAUUUUAUCUUCCAACCUAUACCAUGUAAAAGGUUAUAUGUUAUAUUAAAAUAUAAGUGUACAAUGAAUAUUCUUACACUUUCUUUCUUGUAUCAAUAAAUCCUAUGUGCUUGCAUGAUAUCUAUCAUAUUAAAAUGUAAAAUCAUGGAUUAUGAAUGUCUGGCAAACAAUCUUUACACUUUCUUAUUUAUGACACCAUUAUAUUCCUGCAUGAAACAUUAUUUAACCUUCUCAUACAUUGCAUUGAAGAUGUUACUGACAUGCCUUGUAAAAACAAAAUUUGUUUUUCCAGAAACCCAUUUCUAUUUCAACUUUAUUAUUUAUUAUCAAUUAAAUGACACAAAAAUAAUAUUCUAACUGCAAUGAUAAAACAACAGUUAUAAUGAGAAUUAAUAAAAUGAAUGCUUCUUUUCCAUGGGAUGUCCAAGGUCUGCAACAAAAAGAAGUAAUUUACAAGUACUGAUUAUGUGGUGAAUAAGUCAAACAAAUGACACAAUGAAGGUGAGAAGCAAGGUGAUUAAUAGAAAUUGUAUAUGAAGAAAACAAUAUUUAUGGCAACACCAUACACACCAAAUGGUCUACACUACUCUUCAUACUUUUGAUAUCUUAUUCAAAUGAAUAUUUUCCUUUCAUCACAACUUUCAUCAGUUAUUUUCCAAAUAAAUAUUGUCAAACAUUCAGUUAUGCAAAAAAAUGCAUUACAAAGUGUUUGGUAGGUACUUUACAAGUAAUGCAAUGAAAAAAUAAAGCACGUAACACAAAUUCAUUACCAAAAAUCUAUACAUUAAAACAGCACCUAACAACUAGUUACAGCUCAUAUGUUUCUCAGGUACAUAGAAGUACAUAUUGCAGAGUUAAAGUCUUUUAAAGACCUGUAUGAAAAAAAAAAUUAAAAAAAUUGUGUAUUAAUUUAAAGAACUUUUUACUUUAGAAUUUAUCUCCUAUGGACCAGAUGGCACACCUGUCUUCCUGUAUUAUGUAACAUAUCCUUGGUAUUGUGUUCUAUACAACUACAGGUAAAGCUGAAGUAUACUUCAGUAAGCCUAGAGAAUACAAUACUGUAGGUACCUAAUAUGUAUAUAUUUAUGGUAUCAUAUUCUAUACCUAUAUAAUGUAGCAAUAUAGUAUAAAAUAUAAUACCCGACUUUAUGAUGUAAUCAAUAGCAUGAAUCAUAAGUAGCUAAUACAUUAUAGUCGUAGAAAAUGCCAUACUGAAAAAAUUUUUAAAAUAUCAAAAUGUUAUUAAUUAUUAAGUAAAUUUAGGUACUUGAAUAAUCCAGCUCUGUAAUGUCCGAGGUUUAAAUAAUCUGAACUGAAUUUAAAGUAAACCACCAACAAACCAGCACUCUUAAAGCUUUGCUUUCAUGAUUCUGGACUAAGUCCUUAAAACCUGGAUCAAAUAAAUUCACAUGGAAUCCCAUGCAAGUACCAUCAUGCUUGCACAACAGACGUCCAUGUCUUAAAACUAAAAUUGAUACACAUAAAAUUAAAACAAAAAUAAUAAAAUAACAAAUAUAUAAACUAUCCUUAACAUCCUAAAAUAUUUUGCUCAAGACACACAUGACUCCAUUGUUUAUCAAUGCUGAAUUAAUUUAUAAUAAUCAUCACAAAUUUUAAACGUAAAUACAAUGAAAAACUAUAAAUACAAUAAUGAAUAUAUUCUGCGUGUAAGGAAUUAUUUUGCAAUGCCUAAUUUCAAAAAUCAAACUACUUUCAAACACAGAAAGAGUAUCCUAAUAAAAUUCAUUAAACAUACGGCUAGGGUAUGAGUGAAGUCGUCAGAAGAGAAUUAAAGUUUACACUUCUUUAUAUUAAAUUACUUUAAUGGUACAUUGAAGAGAAUGAAUGUAUCAUUGAGAAUGUAGUUGUAAUAGUUUGUAUUUUGCGAAGUUAAUGAAAAUUUAGGUGGAAUGGCUAAUUUUUAAUUUGUAUGUUACAUGAAAUGUCUUCCUUUGGUUAGGCAAACCAUUAACAUUAUUAAAUAAUAAUUAAUUGCAUCAUUUUCUAGGGUAGAUUAGUUUUGCCCUCACAUUAAUAAAACCAAAGCACUGCGGUAUUUCAGCUAUAUAAAAAUAUUUUUGUACGUACAAGUAAAUGUACAGCUUAAAGCCUAGUACACACUGCUAUCUUUCUUGAGCAAGGUGAACACCUAAAAAUGAACUAGAUGGUGUACUCUGUCUUGUUUGCAAGUAUUUUGCACAUACCUACCGUACACAUGGCACUGUGGUUGCAUGUUGCAGAAUGCCAUCCAAUUAUGAUUAUGAGGUCCUUUUAGGAGCCGUUGGAGUAAGUGGUGCUCUAACAUUAGUAUCUGUAUUUAAACAAAUAACUUUGCAAACAAAACCAGUACUCAACUGUGUACAGCACAGAUGUAAACAAACGCUUACAGCUGAAAUGUAUAUGCAACGAAACAAUAUAACCUCAAUAACCAGUGAUGUAAGGAAUUACAGUGCAUCUGCAUUAUUUAAUUACCAUACUAUUUUCAACAAGAGAAAUGGAUAACUAACAUUAAACAUCUUACCAAAAUUGCAUAAUUGCUUGCCUGAAAAUUUGUUUUACUUAUGUUUAUUUCACUUACUAUUUUUAAUAAAGCCGUGUUUACAUUUUUAAACUAAGCAAAAAAAAGUUGAAAAUCCGAAGCCACCCGAAGGCAAGAAUUCGGUAAUGUUCGGGCAUGUCGAAUACUCGGCGUGUAAUGUAGGCUUCCCGCAAAGCGAUAUUGUUACAAGCAGGGCUGCCAUUUGACGCCGUCCCCACUACCUCCGAUUAUUUAGACGUGAUUUUUGUUCAGUUCGAGAUCUCAGGGAAGGUUCGGCCUUGUGGCUAGAGGUAGGGGUCAACGCAGUAGGGCCCCCCGAGCUGUUAUGGCCGCUCGGGACGCCUGAAUAAUAACACAAAGCUUCUGAAGAUAAUUGGUGAAUUUAAUACAGCACAGCCCAAUACAUGGUGCUGCCCGUUCUGGCCGUAACUGUUUGCCCGACGCGACUAGUCACACGCGCAGCUCACUUCCUCAGUGGCGGCUCACGAUUCUUAUGCGCGUGAGGGGCAGACUCGUAUACGUGACGCGAAAGUUACAAAAGACACUCUGACAUGGCACACGAUAUUUUGACGCACAAUACACUACACUAUGACCUAACUCUAAUUAAACUGGGCUAGCAACACGUAGGCCCGUGUCUCCGGCGACUCUACGUGGUGCCUAGGUGUGUCCCAGGGAUUGACUCGUUAUAAAGUUUGAUGGCACGCGUCGCCUGCUGGCUGCCCCGUGCGGGCCAAAACUAGGUAGCCGGUAGGCUAGGUUGGGCGUGAAGCGUCGACGUAAAUCCACAUAAUCUCCCCACAGUACUUACGUAUGACGUAGAACACUCAUCUCGGAGCACUGAUGAAUUAAGUUAAGUACCUCAUGGUAAAUGUAGGCCGACCGCGGAACUGUACGUAAAAGGUUUAAGAGAAACUACACUAUUGAAAAACUACAUGUCGGUGAAUGCAAAGGUUGAAGGUUCCGCGUUGCGCGCAGGCUGCCGGCCUCUCGAGCUCCCGGAAGGACACUGCCUGUGUCGCCGCGCGCGACCCCCCUCCCCCGCCAGCCAUCCCGCGGAAACGUGUGAAUUUCGCGGGAAACUGAACCGGCCAGGUUCGGGACAAAUCGCACGGUGAAACGUGGUUUUGCAAAGACUGAAUUAUUAAUUAAUGAAAAAUAAUGUUUAAUAAAAUCCUGUGGAAAAACAUAAUUAUAACAAUUUGUUGUAGUGCGGCGGAAGGAUAUGCCACACCCGGCCGGAUCCUUCCGCCGGCGCAGCACUCGUUGCACGGCGAUCGCCUCGACGCACGCACUACACUUAGCUGCGCGCACGGGCGCGUUCGGUGCACACGCUUCUAGGAGACGUUGAUGAGGCAUUGCGGUCUAUGCGACAUAGAGGAGCAUUGGCGGUCGGCGUCACACUCAUGGGUUUUUCCGCCCAGAUCUGGGUUUUUCCAAUGGUGUUUGGGUUUGUGGGUUUUUAAAUAAUGAAUUCCAACAAUUCUAGGUUUUUUAUAAUUUUAAUUAUUUUUAUACCUAAAACAAUAAUAAAGGUAGUAGCUACUGUAUCUGUUGCAAUAUCUGUUUGAUAAAUGCAAACAAGUCUAUGUCCUUCACACACAAAAA